UUGACACAGCUCAAGUAUCGGAGGUGUGUGUAUGUGAAAAAUGCAAUGUUGAUGCAGAGAUUGAACAGACACACACCCGAGACAAGAAACGGGGUCAACGGCGGAAAAGGAGGACACCUCCAAGUCGACAAUCGCCCCCCGGUGACUCAUGAUUCUCUCCGGGGUGGGUCUAACCCCAAAAAUCCGUCAUCCUACAAUGGACUGCGAGAGAUCGGCUCAGGUCCAGAGUCCUCUUGCAGCUGCUUAGGGGAGCGCGGAUAGGACCAAGACAUCGGACUGAGUCAAAUGAGGGUGGCCUGUCCGCUUUUGUCCUGCGCCUCUCGGCCCGGUGUCUGACAGCCAGCCGUGCACAGUGCGUAAAUGCGCUCAGAGUAGAGAAGACAGGCCUCCGAGGAACACUUUAAAUGUUGAUAUUCAGUCUUUGUCAGACAUCGUGGUAGCGCAUCCCGUUUUUUCAUAGCUCCGCUGAGCGGAUGGAGUGAAUUGUGCAAAAGGGGACUGAGACAGACCGCAGUUUGGUUGCGUGUGAUGAUAGGAGACACAAUGACGCUCUUGUCUCUUCUGGGUCGGAUCAUGCGUUAUUUUCUCCUCAGGCCGGAGACAUUGUUUCUGUUGUGCAUAAGCCUGGCGCUGUGGAGUUAUUUCUUCCAUACGGACGAGGUGAAAACCAUCGUCAAGUCCAGCCGGGAUGCCGUGAAGAUGGUGAAGGGGAAAGUGGCGGAGAUGAUGCAGAAUGACCGACUGGGAGGCCUCAGUGUUCUGGAUGCAGAGUUUUCCAAGACCUGGGAGUUCAAGAAUAACAACGUAGCCGUGUACUCCAUACAGGGGAGGCGAGAUCACAUGGAGGACCGCUUCGAGGUGCUCACCGACAUCACCAACAAGACCCACCCGUCCAUAUUCGGGAUAUUUGACGGUCACGGUGGAGAGGCUGCAGCUGACUAUGUGAAGGUCCACCUGCCGGAGUCCCUGAAGCAGCAGCUGCAGGCCUUUGAGAGAGAGAAGAGAGAGAGCUCUCUCUCUUAUGCCAGCAUCCUAGAGCAGCGCAUCCUAACUGUGGAUCGCGAGAUGUUGGACAAGCUCUCUGCCAACCACGAUGAAGCAGGAACAACCUGUCUUGUAGCCCUGCUGUCAGACAGAGAGCUCACAGUGGCCAACGUCGGAGACUCGCGUGGUGUGUUGUGUGACAAAGAUGGGAACGCUGUUGCACUGUCACAUGAUCACAAACCAUAUCAGCUCAAAGAGCGCAAGAGGAUCAAGAGGGCAGGAGGCUUCAUCAGUUUUAAUGGAUCCUGGAGAGUCCAGGGGAUUCUGGCGAUGUCCCGAUCUCUCGGGGACUACCCGCUAAAGAACCUCAAUGUAGUCAUCCCUGAUCCUGAUAUCAUGACCUUUGACCUGGAUAAACUGCAGCCAGAAUUCAUGAUCCUGGCAUCCGAUGGCCUGUGGGACGCCUUCAGUAACGAGGAGGCCGUUCGGUUCGUCCGCGAGCGUCUGGAUGAGCCUCACUUCGGUGCCAAGAGCAUUGUCCUCCAGUCUUUCUACCGUGGUUGCCCUGACAACAUCACCGUCAUGGUGGUGAAGUUCAAAAGCGGGGCCGGGGGGAGUAGCAAAGCUGGGGAGUAGGUCAAGUUUAGAGGACACAUUGCCAUCAGUUUUCUUCUGUGAUUUUCCCUGUCUUCUGGAUGGAGCAGUAAGCAUGAUAUCACAGGAGGGCUGGGACAAGAUGAAGGUUGGACACUGAGAACUUUAUUUUGGACAAGUGCACACACACAAACUUACACACAGAGAAACAUACGCAAAUUUUGUAUGCAAACAUACAAAAUGAGGUUUUAGUUUGUAGAUUUUUGAUUGCGACAAGGGCAUUUAAACACAACACAGAUCUCAUAACCAUCUGCUAACAGAACGAGGAAUACAUUAAAAUACAGAAGUACACAGGCACUAAACAAACACCAAACAGGAUCUCUCUUAACCAGCACACAUUAGACUGUGAUUGAUUUACUACUGUUUACUGUACAUGCACACGAAUGGUACAGCUCCACUGGAGGCUUCUUCAGAGGAAGCUACAACUAGUGCCUAAUCUAAAUUACUGUGCAACUACAGGAAGCUCAUGAAAAUGUAUUUGUGAAAAUCACCACCCUGCUUGCUGCAUUUUGAUGAUGCUCUCAAAUAUUGUGUCUGUUACAUUGUUGAUCAGGAUAAAAUAGUCAAACUUAGAAAAUGCCAGUGGAUCCGUACCUUUAUUUUACUUAAAUGCUAUACCAAAAAUCUAACUUUUGUGUAUCAAACACUCACCCCCUGGAGACUUAAAGGUCACAAUGGAUUCUAAAAGUGAACUAUUUCAGUAGGGAAAAAAGUGUACCAUACAUAUUUUACUUCUCUACUGUUUAUUUGUAUGCUCAGUAUAUUCUUAACACAUUUUUGCCAAAAUAUGACUGAAUGCAAAACUUCUGCAACCUGUUAAAUGUACAACUUCCAUUGGUUUGUGCACAUUUGGUUGAGAGGAUAACAGUCUUUCUUAAGCAUGACUUACCGCAGCCAAUCAGUUAGGUAUUCAAAACAAUGAAUGACUAGUAGGUGGGUUCCUCAGGCCCAGGUUUGAGAUAUUUCUAUAGAUAAAUAGUCCCUGUUAUGAAUCCAAGCUGACCACAGCCACUGUUCUCUGUGAAGGAUGAAACAGAAAACCACCUUUCAAGUCUGCAGGAGGUGAGUGAUUCUCAAAAGAUAGAUUUUGGGUGGAGUAUUACUUAAACAUACCACACAGACACAUACACAGUUCUGAAAUAAAUGCACUUUUCAGAUAUUUAUUUUUUUGGGGGAGGAUGGUAAAUUCUUACAUAUCAGCCAAUGUAAACACUGUAUAUCCUCAAUAAUGCAAAUUGGUUUUAAUGUAUGUAGAACCUGAUUUAGUUCAAGGCCUUCACCUCUUGGUAAUGCAAUUUUAUGGAGCUAAUGCGAGGUGUUCCUUUGAAGUGGUUUUACACCAUCUGUAUCAAGGCAUGUGCUUUGGCUUAUCCAAGUUCAUGAACAAAGUGCAUACAGACACUAGUGGCUGCCUUUGACCUGGGAAGCACACGAAACAGGACUCCUCCGCUGCCAUGAGAAACUGACUGAGAUGACACAUCAUGUACUGUACAGCUGCAGCCGUAAUGCUAGUAAUAUGAUAUGCUCCUGAAGCAAUACAAAUGGUGUCAUUGUCCGCAACAAGGAAAAUUACAGUAAACCAUACUUGAUUUACUACUGUUUUAAGUUCAACUACUUUUUACCACUGUGUUUCAUGACCUUUGCAUCAAAUGAGAGAAUUGACAAGCCUUUUUUUUUAAUUUAACAGUUUACCUAAUGCCUUAUUUAUUAAGUUUUGGGAUGUGUCUGGCAGAUUGUCAGAUCUGUAUACUGUAUAUUCAUUUUUUUUUGUCCUUCUGUAAAUGAGCAGAAGUUUACAAUAAAAUAGAUAUCCAUUGCUUUAAUUUGAGAGGCAGUCCAUGAUUCACACAUGUCGAGCUGAUGCUCAGUGUAUAAAAAAAACUGUAAAAACCUCCUGUAUGUAAACUAUCAGUAUUAAACUAUUUCAUCUGAAA